GUCUGCUCGCUUCAGUCAGUUCGCGUCGAGCAUCACAUGAGUAUGGCCAUGGUGUCGGAGUGUUUCGCCGGACCUUCCAAAGGUGCAAAGUUCAAGUGAUAUGCGCACUCAGUUGUUAGCCGCAAAUGCAGCUGGGCGCCCUUGUGUUCACCGUCCUUCUGGGCGGCGCCAUCUUCGGCGUGCUGCCUGCGAGCCUGAGCAAGCCGCUGCGCUACACAGCGCCCGAUGAGUGCCGGUGGGUGACCCUCGAGCCGCCCCCGCCGCCCCCGGAAGGGACUGCGGAAGAUGUCGGGGGCGGCGGCAGUGGAGAGCAGCAAGUGGCGCUCAUGUGCCGUCUGAAAACCAUCAACAGCGAACUCGAGCACACCAACUUCAGCGUGAUCCAGCCGCAGCACACUGCCCUGCUGAGGAUCGAGUGCAGCGACGCCCUUUUCUUCCAGAGUUCGCUCAGCACAGACAGUUUCCGGCCGCUGGUUGAGCUCAGGGAGCUUUCCAUCGAGUUCUGCAAACUUGGCAGUCUUCCUAGCGGAGCAUUCCGAGGUCUCAAACGGCUCCGAGUGCUAUCCCUGAGGACGCACAACACUGACUGGAGCGCCAUGGCCCUUGAGCUGGCGCAGGACGCGUUCACCGAACUACCCCAACUGACGUCACUCGACCUGUCCGAAAAUAACAUGUGGACAAUGCCGAGGGGUGUUUUCUGCCCGCUCACCGCGCUCAGGUCGCUCAACUUGACCCGCAACCGGCUUCGGGAGGUCAACCACCUGCAGUUCAGCACCAAGGGCUGCGGCACCAACCUGGUUGAGCUGGACGUGUCCAACAACAGUCUGGAGGCGCUGCCUCCGGAGGUGCUCUCCAACCUUUCCACCCUGAAACGACUGCGGUUGCAGGGCAACGGCGUCAGUUUUGUCGCAGACAAGGCGCUUAUGGGACUAGUCGCCCUCGAGGAGUUGAACCUGGCUGACAAUAAAGUGUCCAGUCUUCCUCCGGAGCUCUUUUCAGACGCCAGGGCAGUGCGUCACGUGCGUCUCGAGAACAAUUCAAUAAGUGUGCUUGCGCCCGGACUCUUCAACGGCCUGGAGCAGCUUCUGGUGCUCAAUCUCGGACAAAAUGAACUCGCCUCUGAAUGGGUCAACGGCGCCACCUUUACCGGACUCGUGCGUCUCGUGGUGCUGGACAUUUCCCAUAACAAACUGACCAGACUCGAAAGCAGUAUUUUCAAAGACCUCUACUCUUUGCAAAUUCUCCGUUUGGAAAAUAACGCCAUUGAGGCCAUUCCUGAACGGUGCUUUGCCGCCCUAGCCAAUUUGCAUACUUUAGUCCUUUCGCACAACAGACUGGCCACCAUCGAGGCCACGGCACUCGCCGGCUUGAGGGUGCUCUCCUUGCUAUCAUUGGACUCUAAUGCCCUCAGAUCUAUUCAUCCAAAUGCGUUUCGUAAUGCGUCAAGUUUGCGCGAUUUGCACUUGAACGCCAACCGUCUUAUGGACUCUCCUAGGGCGCUGGCCGACGUCAGAAUGCUUAGCACCCUCGACCUAGGCGAAAAUCUCAUUUCUUCAAUCGACAAUGCUAGUUUCGGCGAGCUCAGAGAGCUUUAUGGAUUAAGAUUAACUGAAAACAAUUUAGUGAACGUAAGCGCAAGAGCACUGGCCAAACUUCCAUCCCUUAAAAUAUUGAACCUUUCAAAGAACAAAAUCUCUCGAGUGGAGCAUGGGGCAUUUGACAGCAACACUAAUCUUCAGGCAAUAAGACUGGACGGCAAUCAGCUUACAGACAUAAACAGAUUAUUCGACAAGUUGCCCAAAUUGGUUUGGCUGAACAUCUCGGACAACACACUGGCAAAGUUUGAUUUCGAGUUAGUCCCCCGUGGAUUGCAGUGGCUGGAUUUGCACGCAAACCGUCUGACUGAGUUGUCCAACCACCUGGACUUGGGUCCCCUCAAAAUAACCACCCUCGACGCGAGUGCUAAUCGACUUUCCGAACUUGCUGGUAGUGCUAUACCCGACAGUGUGGAGCUUCUCUUCCUCAGUGAUAAUUUGAUAUCCAAGGUGCAAGCGUACACCUUCUUCAAGAAGCCUAAUUUGACACGCGUUGACCUGUUUGGCAACAAGAUCUCCUCCCUGACGCCGAACGCGCUACGAAUCACGUCUGUGCCUGCGUCAAAAUCUUUGCCCGAGUUCUUCCUUGGCGGCAACCCGUUCCAAUGUGACUGCGCCCUUGAGUGGCUGCAGCGCGUAAACGUGGCCGGCGCACGCAACCAGCCGCGCGUCGCAGACCUCGAGUCUCUCUACUGCAGCCUCGUAUACGACCGAGGCCACGCUUACGUACCCCUGGUUGAAGCGUCACCGUCGCAGUUCCUGUGUCAGUACGAGACGCACUGCUUCGCCCUUUGCCACUGCUGCGACUUUGACGCCUGCGACUGCGAAAUGAUGUGUCCGCAGAACUGCACGUGUUACUACGACCAAGCGUGGUCGGCCAACGUGGUUGACUGUUCGGCGGGAAACCACACUGCGUUGCCCACCAAAAUUCCCAUGGACGCAACCCAGUUGUACCUGGAUGGCAACACUUUUGCCGACGGCCUGCCCAGUCACGCAUUCAUCGGCAGGAAGCGGCUCAGGGUGUUGUACCUGAACGGCUCCGAAAUCGCUGUUCUGCACAACAGGUCCUUCAACGGCCUCAAAGAGCUCAAGAUCCUGCACCUGGAAUCAAAUCUGAUCACCCAGCUGAAGGGCUACGAGUUUGACGGAGGGCUGAGUGAAAGUCUGCAGGAACUCUUUCUUCAGGACAAUCGAAUUUCCGCAAUUCAUGAAGCCACUUUUUCCACCCUGAAGGAAUUGCGAAUAUUGAAACUUGACGGUAACCAAUUGAGCAGUUUUGCCGCGUGGAAGCUGAGUUUGCUGCCGUCACUCAACAUCGUCACCCUCGGCCGUAACCCCUGGACCUGCGAGUGCGAUUUCGUGCAAGACAUGCAGCCGUGGUUGGCGCAGGUGGAGAUCGUCAAGGACGAGUUGAACUGUUUCAACGGCACCGAAGACGCCCUGCUGCCGAUCACGGAGCCAGAAUGUGCUAAUCGGACGGAGCCUGUCGUUGAGAAGGAAGACCACCCCCCUAGCACGCACAAAACCAUCCUGACGCAGCACCUGGAUCAACUGCCUGUCCUUGCAGGAUUGGCCCUGGCGGUGCUGCUGCUGCUGAUCGUGGUGGUGCUCGUGUUUGUCUACAGACAGGAACUCAGGGUGAUGUGUUACUCGCGGUACGGCGUCCGGUUGUGCCAGAAGGCGGCCGCCGAGCCUGCGGUCUUUGACGCCUUCGUCAGUUACAGCUCGAAGGACGAGGCGUGGGUCCUCGAAGAGUUGGCGCCCGUUUUGGAGCGCGGCGAUCCUGCUUACAGGUUGUGUCUGCACUACCGCGACCUGCCUGUGGGCGCCUACCUGGCUGACGCCAUCGUGCAGGCAGUUGAGUCCUCGCGGCGCACCAUCAUGGUGUUGUCCGAGAACUUUAUUCGGUCCGAGUGGUGUCGCUUCGAGUUCAAGUCUGCGCACCACCAGGUGCUGCGCGACCGCAGACGCCGUCUCAUCGUGGUGCUGCUCGGCGAGAUUCCGCAUCGGGACCUCGACCCUGACAUCAGGUUGUACCUUAAAACCAACACCUAUUUGCAGUGGGGUGACAAGUUGUUUUGGGAGAAGCUGCGGUACGCGCUGCCCGACGUGCCCAACAACCAGCGCCGCAACAACAAUUUGAGCGCGGCCGCCGCGGCCGCCCCCAUGCCCUUGAGUCAACGGCCGCCGUCCAAUAACUCAAACCUGCACAGGCACAACCAGCAGCAGAACACCACCUCAGUCGCCAUUCAUAUCUAGUGUGCUUCCUUUUUUUAUUAUUAAUUGUUUGUGACGAUGCGAGAGAGUGAUUUGUGAUAAAUAAGACUGCAGAGCUUUGACCGCGAUUGCCGCUUAUUGACGGUGGGAAGUGUAUAAGCUCGACUGAAAUUUUUAAAUUUAUGACUGAGUUUGCGAUUUUACAGAAAAAGCAUAAAAAUCGGAUUGGAGUUUUUUUCUCGCAGUUCAGUCGAAAUACUUUCCACUGGCAUUUUUACUAAAUUAGGUUUUAGUGCCGAAGAGAAUCAAAAUUCGAAUGUUUCCUGUGUACAAAAUUAUUUAUUGAACUGUUUUGUUUCAUUGAAAAAUUAUAAUUGAUUUCUGUGAUUUGUUGGCUUAAAUCAUUGCAAGUGAGUUUGAUAUUUGUUGUUAGACGGCCUAUACCCUUUACGCAUGAGGUGUUUCAAUUUCAACGUUUCUUGUGAUAAAUGACAUGAUGCACGCGAACGCGAGGAAACGAAACAUAUUCAAUCAGCAUUGUAAAUAAUUGCAAGUAGCUGCCGUAAUUUUUGUAACCCUUACACUUUCUUCAAGUCUGUAUUUGUCCAUAAGGCAGAAGAUAAUAAAGCGUGCCUUUUCCGAACUGAAAUUUGCUGACCAUUCACGACAGACGGUAUAUAUUUUUUUUUCUCAUCAAAAAGGUGCUUGCAGUGCGUCGCGCAAUGUGAAAUAAAAUUUUUUGUAAAAC